AUGCUAAUCCUACUGCAUGUGACGGAAGAUACCACCAUAGUCGAAAGUGUUGCUCCUCCCCAUUCUGCCAUCCCACCUCCUCGCCUUUCCGCCAUCCCACCUCCUCCCCUUUCCGCCAUCCCACCUCCUCCCCUUUCCGCCAUCUCUCCUCCUCGCCUGUCCGCCAUCCCACCUCCUCCCCAUUCCGCCAUCCCACCUCCUCGCCGUUCCACCAUCCCACCUCCUCUCCUUUCCGCUAUCCCACCUCCUCCCCUUUCCGCCAUCCCUCCUCCUCGCCUUUCCGCGAUCCCACCUCCUCCCGAGCCCGCCACUCAAACUCCUCGCCUAAACAGCCGUCCCACAUCCUCGCCUUUCGGGGUGAAUUGCCAUCCAAUUCACCUUCCCAUUCCCCCCCCCCCCCCCCCCCCCACCCUCCUUUUCAGCCAUCCCACGUUCAUCGCAUCCCAUCCGUCCAGUACCUCUUGUCCUCCCAUUCCCCCCUCGCACCAUUCCCUGCUACCACAUUCAUCUCAUCCUCUCAGCUCAUCCCAUUCCCCCCAUUCCGAACAUCCACCCCAUUCAUCCCAUCUCUCCCCGCUCAUCCCUUUCCCCCCAUCCCGUCCUCCCAUUCCAUUCAUCCCAUCACCCCCCGCUCAUCCCAUUCCCCCCAUCCCGUCCUCUUAUGUCAUGUAUCCCAUCCCCCCCCGCUCAUCCCAUUCCCCCCAUCCCCUUCCUCCCAUCUCAUUCCCAUCCCCCUCAUCCCCUUCCUCCCGUCCCAUUCAUCCCAUCUCCCCCCGCUCAUCCCAUUCCCCCCAUCCCCUUCCUCCCAUCUCAUUCAUCCCAUCACCCCCCGCUCAUCCCACUCCCCCCCAUCCUGUCUCCCCGUCAUGCUCAUCCCAUCCCCCCCCCCGCUCAUCCCAUUCCCCCCAUCCCCUUCCUCCCAUCUCAUUCAUCCCAUCACCCCACGCUCAUCCCACUCCCCCCCAUCCCGUCCUCCCGUCCCGCUCAUCCCAUCCCCCCCCCCCCCCCCCCCCGCUCAUCCCAUUCCCCCCAUCCCCUUCCUCCCAUGUUAUUCAUCCCAACACCCCCCGCUCAUCCCACUCCCCCCCAUCCCGUCCUCCUGUUCGCUCAUCCCCUCCCCCCCCCCCCCCCCCCCCCGCUCAUGCCAUUCCCCCCAUCCCCUUCCUCCCAUCCCAUUCAUCCCAUCUCCCCGCGCUCAUCCCACUCCCCCCCAUCCCGUCCUCCCGUCUCGCUCAUCCCAUCCCCCCCCGCUCAUCCCACUCCCCCCCAUCCCGUCCUCCCGUCCCGCUCAUCCCACCCCCCCCCCCCCCGCUCAUCCCACUCCCCCCCAUCCCGUCCUCUCGUCCCGCUCAUCCCAUCCCCCCCCCGCUCAUCCCAUUCCCCCCAUCCCCUUCCUCCCAUCUCAUUCAUCCCAUCACCCCCCGCUCAUCCCACUCCCCCCCAUCCCGUCCUCCCGUCCCGCUCAUCCCAUUCCCCCCCCCCCCCGCCCCACUCAUGCCAUUCCCCCCAUCCCCUUCGUCCCAUCCCAUUCAUCCCAUCUCCCCGCGCUCAUCCCACUCCCCCCCAUCCCGUCCUCCCGUCCCGCUCAUCCCAUCCCCCCCCCGCUCAUCCCACUCCCCCCAAUCCCGUCCUCCCGUCCCGCUCAUCCCAUCCCCCCCCCCCGCUCAUCCCACUCCCCCCCAUCCCGUCCUCUCAUCCCGCUCAUCCCAUCCCCCCCGCGCUCAUCCUAUUCCCCUCAUCCCUUUCCUCCCAUCCCAUUCAUCCCCUCUCCCCUCGCCCAUCCCAUUCCCAUCCCAUCACACCUUCCACCUCCCAGCCCGCCCACACCUUCCUCCUCCCAGCCCGCCCACACCUUCCUCCUCCCAGCCCGCCCACACCUUCCUCCUCCCAGCCCGCCCACACCUUCCUCCUCCCAGCCCGCCCACACCUUCCUCCUCCCAGCCCGCCCACACCUUCCUCCUCCCAGCCCGCCCACACCUUCCUCCUCCCAGCCCGCCCUCACCCUCCUCCGCCUUGCGUGCCCCUCCCAUCACACAUUCAUCGCCGUAA